UUUAUUUUAAUUCUCCCUCUCUUGCUAGCAACCUGUGGACUUGGGAUCUGACUGGUGAGGCAAGGAGGGAAGCUGGGUAGGCACGGGCUUCUGUGCGGGACCUGGGGCGCCUCGCCGCAAUCUUCAGCGGCAAGUCCCGCAUUCCUGGUGGUCUGGCGGGGUCUGCUGGUACCUGCAUCGUUGCAGGAAGCCAUGACCGCGCACUUCUGUCCCUGGCCUUUCUGCCCCUCUUUAGUUCCCGUCCUAAAUUGACAAGCCAGUGACUAUUGGCUGGAGUUCCCCCAGCGAUUUGCAUGAACCGAGAGGGAGUGUCUUCUGCCGCCCUCCCUUCAGGAGCGCUCUGACUGCAGCCGCCCUGGGAAUGCGCGGCGGAGGGAAUGCGUGCAGCUCCCGGGCCCUGGCAGUGAGCUGGCGCCCUGCGACCUGGCACCAGCGCCUGGAUAUGGGGCGUCUACACGGUCCCAGGAGCAGCACCAGCCACAGGAACCUGCAGCAUCUGUUUCUGUUUUUCCUCUUCGUGGGACCCUUCAGCUGCCUCGCGAGUUACAGCCGGGCCACGGAGCUUCUGUACAGCCUGAACGAGGGGCUGCCGGCCGGAGUGCUCAUCGGAAGCCUGGCGGAGGACCUGCGGCUGGUGCCCCGGGCUGCGGGGAGGCUGGACCAGCAGUCGCGGCCGCCGGAGCGCACCGGCGCUGAGUGGAACCCCCCACUCUCCUUCAGCCUGGCCUCCCGGGGACUGAGUGGCCAGUACGUGACCCUGGACAACCGCUCCGGGGAGCUGCACACUUCUUCCCAGGAGAUCGACAGAGAGGCCCUGUGUCUUGAAGGGGGUGGAGGGGCUGCCUGGGGCGGCAGCAUUUCCGUCUCCGCUCCUUCCUCGGACUCCUGCCUUUUGCUCCUGGAUGUGCUGGUCCUGCCCCAGGAAUACUUCAGGUUUGUGAAAGUGAAAAUCGCCAUCAGAGACAUUAACGACAAUGCCCCGCAGUUCCCUGUUUCCCAGAUUUUGGUUUGGGUCCCAGAAAAUGCACCUGUAAACACCCGGCUGGCCAUAGAGCAUCCUGCGGUGGACCCAGAUAUAGGCACUAAUGGGGUACAGACCUACCGCUUACUGGACUACCACGGUAUGUUCACCCUGGACGUGGAGGAGAAUGAGAACGGGGAGCGCACCCCCUACCUAAUUGUCAUGGGUGCCUUGGACAGGGAAACUCAGGACCAGUACGUGAGCAUCAUCAUAGCUGAGGACGGUGGGUCUCCACCACUGUCAGGCAGUGCCACCCUCACCAUUGGCAUAAGUGACAUCAAUGACAAUUGCCCUAUCUUUGUAGACUCACAAAUCAAUGUCACUGUGUAUGGAAACGCUACUGUAGGCACUCCAGUUGCAGCUGUACAGGCUGUGGAUAGAGACUUGGGGACCAAUGCUCAAAUCACCUAUUCUUACAGCCAGAAAGUUCCUCAAGCAUCCAAGGAUUUAUUUCAGCUAGAUGAAAACACUGGAGUCAUAAAACUUUUCAGUAAGAUUGGGGGAAGUGUUCUACAAAUGCACAGACUCACCAUCCUUGCUAAUGGACCGGGUUGCAUCCCUGCCGUGAUCACUGCUCUGGUGUACAUAAUCAAAGUCAUUUCCACACCACCUGAAAUCGUCCCUCGGUAUAUAGCAAAUGAGAUAGACGGUGUCGUUUAUCUGAAAGAACUGGAACCUGUUGGCACUCCAAUUGCGUUUUUCACCAUAAGAGACCCAGAAGGCAAAUACAAGGUAAACUGCUACCUGGAUGGUGAAGGGCCCUUUAGGUUAUCACCCUACAAACCCUACAAUAAUGAAUAUUUGCUGGAGACUACGAAGCCUAUGGACUAUGAACUACAGCAGUUCUAUGAAAUAGCUGUGGUGGCCUGGAACUCUGAGGGAUUUCAUGUCAAAAGAGUCAUUAGAGUGCAACUCUUAGAUGACAAUGACAACGCUCCCGUCUUCCCUCAGCCCUUGAUAGAACUCACCAUUGAAGAAAACAACGCACCCAACGCCUUUUUGAUGAAGCUGUAUGCCACAGACGCUGACAGUGGAGAGAGAGGCCAAGUUUUGUAUUUUCUGGGACCUGACGCCCCAUCAUACUUUUCCUUAGACAGUGUCACAGGAAUUCUGACGGUUUCAACUCAGCUGGACCGAGAGGAGAAAGAAAAGUACAGGUACACAGUCAGAGCUGUGGACUGUGGGAAGCCACCCAGAGAAUCGGUAGCCACUGUGGCUCUCACAGUGUUGGAUAAAAAUGACAACAGCCCUAGAUUUAUCAACAAGGACUUCAGUUUUUUUGUCCCAGAAAACUUUCCUGGCUAUGGUGAAAUUGGAGUAAUUAGCGUAACAGAUGCUGACGCUGGGAGAAAUGGAUGGGUCGCCCUCUCAGUGUUGAACCAGAGUGAUAUUUUUGUCAUAGAUACAGGAAAGGGCAUGCUAAGAGCUAAAGUUUCGUUGGACAGAGAGCAGCAAAGCUCCUAUACUUUGUGGGUUGAAGCUGUUGAUGGGGGUGAGCCUGCCCUCUCCUCUACCACAAAAAUCACAAUUCUCCUUCUAGACAUCAAUGACAACCCUCCCCUUGUUUUAUUUCCUCAGUCUAACAUGUCUUAUCUAUUGGUACUGCCUUCUACUCUGCCUGGCUCCCCGGUUACAGAGGUCUAUGCUGUUGAUAAAGACACAGGCAUGAAUGCUGUCAUAGCUUACAGCAUCAUAGGCAGAAGAGGUCCUAGGCCUGAGUCUUUUAGGAUUGAUCCUAAAACUGGCAACAUUACUUUGGAAGAGGCAUUGCUGCAGACCGAUUACGGUCUCCAUCGCUUACUGGUGAAAGUGAGUGAUCAUGGUUACCCCGAGCCUCUCCAUUCCACCGUCAUGGUGAAUCUCUUUGUCAAUGACACUGUCAGUAACGAGAGUUACAUUGAAAGCCUUUUAAGAAAGGAACCGGAAAUUAAUAUAGAGGAGAAAGAACCACAAAUUUCAAUAGAGCCAACUCACAGGAAGGUAGAAUCUGUGUCCUGUAUGCCCACCUUAGUAGCUCUGUCUGUAAUAAGCUUGGGUUCUAUCACACUUGUAACAGGGAUGGGCAUAUACAUCUGUUUAAGGAAAGGGAAAAAGCAUUCCAAGGAAAAUGAAAAUGUGGAAGUACAGAUUCCACUGAAAGGAAAAAUCGACUUGCAUAUGAGAGAGAGAAAGCCAAUGGAUAUUUCUAAUAUUUGAUAUAUCAAUCUCAAAUAAAAUAGAGAGGCAUUUUGACUGACUCUGGAUGGUCUUCAUCACCUAAAUAAGAGUGUGUUGAUGGCAGAUCCGAUGAAGGACAACUAAUUUAUAACAUGUAAUAUAUUGUAAAUAGCUGUUUACAGGUUUUUAAAUUCAAAUUCAGAGGUUAUAAAAUGUGUACAGCAUUUUUAAAUGAAAAUUGGUACUAACAGCUAUAGAAUUAUUAUUAGAAAAAAAAAAAAAAAAGCUUGGACUUGAUUUGCAGCUUUCAUACACCAAGCUGAUGACUGACGAAACCUGGGAGUAAGGUAAGAAAAUGGUACCUUAUAAAUUUGGGGGUUUAAAAAGUCCUUUCACCACAAGAGGGCAUCAGCUGCUCCUUUGCAGGGAACUGAAGUAUUCUAUGUGACAGUUGUACAUGAAAUUAAUGAGAGAGUAUAUUUUAAAUAUAUUGUUUUUAACACAAAAGUAUAAAGUUAAAGUAAAUUAAAUUUCACCCUUCUUAAAAGAUAUAAGAAAGAAAAGAAACUCACUUGUAAAACAAUGUUUAUUACCUCAUAAGUACAUGUAUAGUUCAAAAGAGAAGGCAUUAAAAAGAAGUGCAAUUCCUUUUUAGCAAGGGUAAAAACAUUGCCUUGUGUUACAAAUUCAACCUGCGGAAGAGUUUUUCACUUUCUGUGAACUCGAAUUGCUUUGUGUUUGCUUUACCACUGAGCUUGCUGUUAUUACGGGAGAAAAUAUAUAUAUUCUUCCUUCCAGAAAAUGUAACUAGAAAUUGUGCCCAAGAAAAACAGCCAGAAGCAAAGAAAUGUUUCAAUCCUUAGUUGUUUCACAGGUGUGGAUGACAUUUUAGUGCUUGCACAACUUGUCAGUCGUACUUUAUACUUGGGUUCUAUGUUAGAUUUUUAUAUGUUUACACUUAUCCCUUAUCUAAGAAAAAAGUCACAUUAAAACAAUUAUUCUAGAAGCUUGUGUACACUAUUGGUUAUUUCUGGUUGGGCAUUUUAUGUGAAAGUUACACUGUACUUGUCUUUUUACCGUUGUUUGGGGUUACUGGCGACCAUUUCUGGCUUCCUUUCUUUGGCUUUGGAUCAAGUCCAAGAGUUUAUUUGUCAGCCCGGCAGCAAAUUUCUUUGAUAAUAUGGCUUUUUCGGAAUCUUUUGCAAUGAAGAAAGUUGGUCCAUGGGUGAUUUAUCACUUUCACUUCCUUGUGUGAGCUGGAAAUUUUAUUUUAUAUGAGAGUUAUAGCAAAAUUAUCUGUACAAACAGGAAUGUAAGUGUUAGCUUCAACUGGAUCCUUUUACCAUUUGGCAUCAUGCGUCUGUACUGUACCCAAAGUGUUUAUAUGUCUACAAAUUAAAGUUAUAUAUUUUCAUAA